AUGUUUUCUACCGCCUCCAUUGCCUCAGAAAGCGACUGGUUUGAGGCCGUGAAGCAGUCCCGUCUCGGAGAUAUCAAAAACGCUGCUCACUCCUAUGCUGGAGCCGUGGACAACGCUGGGGAGACGGGUCUGAUGCUGGCCGCGCGUCUGGGGUACGAGUCGCUGGUUAACUUUUUGCUCCCCUAUGAGUCAGGACAAUUUAAUCUGCGUGGAGAAACGGCGCUAAUUAUUGCCAUGCAGGCCCACAAGCUCAAGAUAGUUCAGCUUUUGGCACCCCGCGAGGCUUCUGUCAAGCUAGAAAAAGGAGGGUCCGCACUCCACUAUGCCGUGAUUUACGAGUACCUGGACUCCAUCCCUAUCCUGGCUAAGUAUCUCAAGGAUGUCCCCGAUCCAGAGGGCCUGCUCCCCUUGGAACUUGCCGUCCGGACAGAAAACUUUGAGGCCACCGUGGAUCUUCUGUACUACGGUCAGCCUCACAGCCUCGCGAGUCUUACACGUGCACGGUCUCUCCUUUCAGACAAGCUUGGAGCCAAUUGGACACGUGAAUUUGAUAAGUACAUGUCUGCUGCUGAGGAUCAUUAUUUGAACGAUUCAGAUAGCUGCGGUAAGGUGCCAGAGGGUGGUACAUCAACUUAUACCGGAACUUCACGUAACAGUUAUCCACCCUUUUUUCUUGAGCGCACGGAAGAGGAUGCCUUAGUAGAACAGCCACAGCCACCCUACAGUCCAACUUCUGAGGACUACGGAGCAUUGGGGGCUGCAGCUGCCGCUGCAUCGCGAAACAAAAAUAAGUUUGGCAAUCUGAAUUUACAUGGUACCAAUCCAAUCAUACCAGAAGAGGACGAUAUUCCCAAGAUAGAAGACGUUGUAGAGCCUGAUCUAGAUUUUCCUGUGCGAUGUGAAUACGAUCCACAAGGUUAUAGUCCAAUCCAAGAGACUGUCAACCACACGGUUACAUCCCCGUCCAUCUUGACAGGGGAGCUGAUGAACUAUGAGAAUGCGCUUUUACAGCAACCAUCGUCAAGUAUAGGCAGGGAGCUAGAACUGGCAAUCUCUGAUGCUCGUUAUGAAGGGCAGCAUGACUCACAAGACGCUGCUCCUCAGGCACUCAUUUAUGACCCUGUGCAGCCCAAGAAUAUCGAUGCAAAGUCACGGCAAGAAGAACUUGCACGCAAAGCGGAGAUGGAAGACACCAGAUACAAAUAUUUCGAAAAAGACAUCGCCAAACUAACGGCAUCUGUUUCAAGGACAAGGACAGCCAAUGAUGUAUUGCAGCUCCUGGGAAGCUCAACAACCAUAGAAGAGGAUGCACUACCAAGAAACAAGUUCGUCCCUGAUAUUACUGCUUCUCAGCGUGUGGUUUCACCUCGUGGAAGUAUGCGGGCUAGCUCAGGGCCACGGUCCCCGAAUCGAAGAGCGAUCAAUUCUCAAGGAUUGGACGCGUCAUUCUCCAGUCGAUACUCCAAUGUGGAGAAGGCAGGCAGCAGGUUAUCUGGGAGCCGCACCACAGAGAACCUCCUCAAAGAUCUGGUGACAAGUAGGUAUUUGAAUGGCGAUACUGAGCUCAUUUAUUCGGUAAAGCACAAGAAUCUCCCCAUGGUCGAUCAGCUGGCCCCUUCGCAGCACGGUGAGCGAGACGCCGACGGGAAAACAGCCCUUCAUCUAGCAGCAGAACGCAACAACAAGCCAAUGAUAGAUAUCCUAGCGCAGUACGAGGCAAGUAUGUUUGAUAACGACGGCUGGACCGCUCUCAUGCGCCUUGCUGCACAGAAUGCAGUAGACUCUGUCUGGCCUCUUCUUGACAAGGAGGCGCGACUGCAGCGAGCAGCAGAUGGAUGGACGGCGCUGAUGAUCGCUGUAAUGCACGCCGACCUGGAGAUGGUUAAGAUAUUGGAGCCGUACGAGGUGGGAAUGCAGGCCCACGACGGGUCCACCGCGUUAAUACUAGCGAUAAAGGCUGAUAGACCCAGCGUGGCGACGUUCUUGUUUCAGAAGGAGCGGCAUAUAUGCGACAAAGACGGUAUAUCUGGCGAGCAGUGGGGAAUCAACCUCAAUCGGCCAUAUAUCAAAGCGAUACUUGUUGAGGAAGCGCGAAAACGAGAAGAGCAAAUGAGCAAGAAGCGCCAAAGUGUGGUUUUGCCUAAGUACGUCCCACGAUCACGUAUAACAAAGAUAGAGGCCAGAAGCCCAAGACGUAGUGACGCCAUGAGUGACGGUUACCGGCUUCCCUCCAUAUGGCUCAACGAAGUUGAUUAG